AGUAACUCGAACUUUAUCGCUGGUACAAGUCGUGUUCCUAUAAUACCGGUCUGAAUAAGUUUAAGGUGAUAAUUUCGCGAAAUACUUUACUAUGGGCUCUACUGACAGUAGUGUGCCGUGCUAUUUGGUGCUGGAAGAUGGAACGGUGCUUCCGGGAAAAUCUUUUGGUGAUAAAAAGCCUACGGACGGGGAAGUCGUCUUUCAAACUGGCAUGGUGGGAUACCCAGAAUCCCUAACAGAUCCAAGUUACCAUUCUCAAAUUUUGGUCCUUACUUACCCCCUCAUUGGAAAUUAUGGCGUUCCAGAAUCCAAGGUUGAUGAAAAUGGACUUCCAUAUUUCUUUGAAUCUCAUCGUAUAUGGGCAGCAGGUCUCGUGGUUGGCGAACAUUGCGACAACCCAAGCCAUUGGCGUAACACACAGACUUUGUCCAAGUGGAUGGAAACAGAACACAUCCCAGGUAUACAGGGCAUCGAUACCAGACAACUCACUAAAAAGUUGCGAGAAAAAGGAAGCAUACUCGGAAAAAUUGUCUAUGAACUUCCAAUAUCUGAUAAAGUAAAAAUUCCCGACCCAAAUUUGAGAAAUCUAGUGGAAGAAGUAUCUGUUAAGAGCAUAACAACUUAUAACAAAGAAGGCUCCCCAAGGAUAUGUGUCAUAGAUUGUGGUCUAAAAUACAAUCAAUUAAGAUGUUUACUGAAAAGAGGCUGUCGAGUGGAUGUUGUUCCAUGGAAUCACAAAAUAAACUCAGAGGAUUACGAUGGUUUAUUCCUUAGCAAUGGUCCGGGUAAUCCAGAAAUGUGCAAGCAAACCAUACUAAAUAUACGCGGCAUUAUAAACAGCGGAAAAGUUAAACCUAUCUUUGGUAUUUGUUUGGGCCAUCAGUUGCUGUCAAUGGCUAUUGGAUGCAAGAGUUUUAAAAUGAAAUAUGGAAAUCGCGGUCACAACCAACCCUGCAUUCAUCACGGAACUGAAAGAUGCUUCAUGACAUCUCAAAAUCACGGUUUCGCUAUCGACCAAUCGACACUUCCGAAAGACUGGAAACCUCUUUUUACGAACGCCAAUGAUCAGACUAACGAAGGCAUAAUACAUUCAACGUUGCCGUAUUUUAGCGUGCAGUUCCAUCCCGAACAUACAGCCGGUCCUGAAGAUUUGGAAUGCCUUUUCGAUGUUUUCAUUGAUAGCGCCAAGAACUACAACAAUACUAAAAUGGAGGUUAUAGCUACAUUAACUAAGGCUAUAGAGUCUAAGAAUGUGGCUAAACCUUUGGAUAAACUUCCGGAGAAAGUCCUUAUUAUUGGUUCUGGUGGUUUGUCUAUAGGCCAAGCAGGAGAGUUUGAUUAUUCAGGUUCUCAGGCUAUUAAAGCAUUGAAUGAAGAACAUGUCAAGACCAUCCUGAUUAACCCCAACAUUGCCACCGUGCAAACAUCUAAAGGACUUGCCGAUAAAGUCUACUUUCUACCCUUGAUACCAGAAUACGUAGAACAAGUUAUACGAGCUGAGAGACCCGAUGGAGUUCUUUUAACAUUUGGAGGACAAACCGGUCUAAACUGCGGCGUUGAAUUGGAACGACUAGGUGUGUUUAAAAAGUACAACGUGAAAAUCCUAGGCACCCCAAUACAAGCAAUUAUAGACACAGAAGACAGAAAAGUGUUUAGUGAAAGAGUAGCCAAAAUCGGGGAACGCGUAGCGCCAAGUAUGGCUGCUACUUCAGUGGAAGAGGCUUUAAAAGCCGCCGAACAACUAGGCUACCCUGUAAUGGCGCGGGCCGCCUUUUCAUUGGGUGGGUUGGGUUCAGGUUUCGCGGAUAAUAAGGAAGAACUAAAAGCUCUGUCCAUCCAAGCUUUGGCCCACUCAAGUCAAUUGAUCAUCGAUAAAUCCCUCAAAGGCUGGAAGGAGGUUGAGUACGAAGUUGUGAGGGAUGCUUUUGACAACUGCAUCACGGUGUGCAAUAUGGAAAACGUUGAUCCACUUGGUAUUCACACUGGAGAAUCCAUUGUAGUUGCGCCAAGUCAAACGUUAUCUAACAAAGAAUACAACAUGCUACGUACUACUGCUAUAAAAGUUAUCCGCCAUUUUGGUGUCGUAGGAGAAUGCAACAUACAAUACGCUUUGAAUCCAAACUCCGAAGAGUUUUUUAUCAUCGAAGUUAACGCUAGAUUAUCCAGAAGUUCGGCUUUAGCCAGCAAAGCUACUGGUUACCCUCUGGCUUACGUAGCAGCAAAAUUAGCUUUAGGUACUCCCCUACCUAAAAUCCACAACUCUGUAACUGGCAUUACAACAGCCUGUUUUGAACCAAGUUUGGAUUAUUGCGUGGUCAAAAUACCACGCUGGGAUCUGCACAAGUUUUCUAGGGUUUCCACGAAAAUUGGUAGUUCUAUGAAAAGUGUGGGAGAAGUAAUGGCAAUCGGUAGAAAUUUUGAAGAAGCUUUUCAAAAAGCAUUGAGAAUGGUCGAUGAAAAUGUUAAUGGUUUCGAUCCAAACAUCAAGAAAGUGGACGACGAAGAGUUAAAGGAGCCAACUGAUAAAAGAAUGUUCGUAGUUGCUGCCGCUCUAAAGAAUGGCUACUCUGUGGACAAACUUUACAAUCUCACUAAAAUCGAUAGAUGGUUUUUGCAGAAAAUGAAGAACAUCAUAGAAUGUACAUUACACAUGGAACACAUAGAUCAGCCGCAUUUGCCACAUGAUAUUCUUCUUAAAGCCAAACAAAUGGGCUUCUCAGAUAAACAAAUAGCAGAGGCUGUUAAAAGUACAGAGUUGGCUAUAAGAAAACUACGUCAAGAGUACAACAUUUUGCCUUUUGUUAAGCAAAUUGAUACUGUGGCUGCCGAGUGGCCCGCAACUACAAACUACUUGUAUCUCACUUACAACGCUUCAUCGCAUGAUUUGACUUUUACCGAAGAACACGUCAUGGUGAUAGGUUCAGGCGUGUACAGAAUUGGAAGUUCAGUUGAAUUUGAUUGGUGCGCUGUUGGUUGUUUAAGAGAGUUGAGAAACUUGAACAGGAAAACUAUUAUGGUAAAUUACAAUCCGGAGACUGUUAGUACCGAUUACGAUAUGUCGGACAGAUUAUACUUUGAGGAAAUAUCGUUUGAAGUCGUAAUGGAUAUUUACGAUCUAGAAAACCCAACUGGGAUAAUUCUUUCUAUGGGCGGUCAACUACCGAAUAACAUCGCCAUAGAUUUGCACAGACAACAAGCUAGAAUUCUUGGAACGUCACCCGAUUCCAUUGAUGGUGCAGAAAACCGAUUUAAGUUUUCCAGAAUGUUGGAUCGUAUUGGAAUAAUGCAACCUAGGUGGAAAGAAUUAACGAAUUUAAAAUCAGCUAUAGAUUUUUGCGAAGAAGUGGGUUAUCCUUGUCUUGUCAGGCCUUCGUAUGUUCUUAGCGGCGCCGCUAUGAACGUAGCUCACUCAAAUCAAGAUUUAGAGACAUAUCUUAACGCCGCCAGUGAUGUGUCCAAAGAACAUCCAGUGGUAAUUUCCAAAUUUAUCCUGGAAUCCAAGGAAAUUGAUGUUGAUGCUGUGGCACUUGACGGAGUUAUAUUAUGCAUGGCAGUAUCGGAACACGUUGAAAACGCCGGGGUUCACUCAGGCGACGCCACUUUAGUAACACCGCCAAGAGAUAUCAACAUAAAAACCUUAGCCAAAAUCAAACAAAUCGUCAACUCGAUCGCUGCUUCCCUAGAAGUAUCCGGACCCUUUAACAUGCAAUUAAUAGCUAAAGACAACGACUUAAAAGUCAUAGAAUGUAACGUAAGAGUUUCAAGAUCUUUCCCAUUCGUAUCCAAAACUUUAGAUCACGAUUUCGUCGCUAUGGCCACCAGAGUUGUCAUGGGUGAACCCGUGGAACCCGUUGAUGUUUUAAACGGCUGCGGAAAAGUAGGAGUCAAGGUUCCACAAUUCUCAUUCUCUCGAUUGGCAGGAGCUGAUUUUAUGUUGGGAGUGGAGAUGGCUUCCACAGGAGAAGUGGCCUGCUUCGGGGAAAACAGAUACGAGGCUUACUUAAAAGCUAUGAUGAGUACUGGUUUCAGUAUUCCCAAGAAGUCUAUUCUUUUGUCUAUUGGAAGUUUUAAGCACAAAAUGGAGUUAUUACCGAGCAUGAGAGCUCUACAGAAAAUGGGAUAUAAACUUUACGCGAGUUUGGGAACGGCAGAUUUUUAUAAUGAACACGGUGUCGAUGUUGAGUCUGUGCAAUGGACCUUCGAUAAUAUAGACGAUAUUACCAGCCAAGGAGAGUUGACACCUCUGGCCGAAUUUUUAUCCAAAAAGGAGUUUGACUUGGUCAUCAAUUUACCAAUGAGAAAUGGAGGUGCAAGAAGGGUUUCUUCCUUUAUGACGCAUGGUUACAGAACCAGAAGAUUGGCUAUAGAUUAUUCCAUUCCAUUGGUUACUGAUGUCAAAUGUGCUAAACUUUUGGUCGAGGCCAUAAGAUUGAUAGGCCAAGCGCCCCCCAUGAAGACCUCGAUGGACUGCAUGAGCUCCAGAACGGUUGUCAAGCUUCCAGGUCUGAUCGACACCCAUGUGCACGUACGAGAACCCGGCGCAACCCAUAAAGAAGAUUACAACACGUGCACUGCAGCUGCUUUGGCAGGAGGUGUUACUUUGAUAUGCGCCAUGCCCAACACUAACCCAGCGAUUGUCGACGAAGAUGCCUUCCUUUUGGUGAAAAAGUUGGCCAAGGAUAAAGCUAGGUGCGACUACGCCAUUUUUGUCGGGGCUUCUUCGACAAAUUACGAUAACAUAUUUGAAUUGGCAGGUGAUGCAGCAGGUUUAAAAAUGUAUCUUAAUGAGACAUUUACUACUCUGAAGCUAAAUGAUCUUGAUGUUUGGGGUAAACAUUUGGCUAAUUGGCCCAAGAAAGCACCACUUUGCGUUCACGCCGAAUCUCAAACAACCGCGGCGAUUAUUUUGCUUGCAAGUCUUCACAAUAGGCCAGUUCAUAUCUGUCAUGUGGCUCGUAAAGAAGAAAUACUCAUCAUCAAAGUUGCUAAAGAGAAAGGUCUAAAGAUUACAUGCGAAGUUUGCCCUCAUCAUUUAUUCUUGACAACCAAAGAUGUGGAUCAUUUAGGAGAGAAGUUUAGUCAAGUGAGACCGGUUUUAGUAUCGCCUGAAGAUCAACAAGCCCUUUGGGAUAAUUUGCACAUCAUAGAUUGCUUUGCAACCGACCACGCACCACACACUGUAGAGGAAAAAAAUAGCGACAAUCCACCGCCAGGUUUUCCAGGUUUGGAAACGAUUUUGCCGCUUCUUUUGAAUGCUGUUAACGAAGGCAGACUUACGAUCGAAGACAUAAUUAAUAAAUUUCACAAAAAUCCGAAAAGAAUUUUCAACUUGCCAGAGCAACCCAACACUUACGUGGAAGUUUACUUGGAUGAUGAAUGGGUGAUUCCAAAUGCCAUGCCUUACUCAAAAUCCAAAUGGACGCCGUUUGCAGGCAAAAAAAUCAAGGGCUCCAUCCACAGAGUGGUUUUACGCGGUGAAGUGGCCUACGUUGAUGGUCAAGUUUUGGCCCAACCAGGCUACGGACAGAACGUACGAGAUUUGGACAUGAAGAGAACUAUAGAAUCUCGUACCAGCUCUGCACUUCGUAUUGAUAGUAGACCAAUGUCGCCUGCAAUGUUCCCUAGCAUCGAGAAAAGUGAAUACGAGCAGGAGGAAUCUAUGCAUAGACUACUCAACGAUAGUGGUAGAGUACACGAUCAUCACUUAGAAAGUGGUAGAUUGAGCGCAAUAUCACCAAUACCGCCAUCACAUGCCAGAAUCCGUACUGAAAGUGGUUCUUACAACGAUCAUCAUCACAACAGUCAUGGACUACAUGGAAAACACAUCAUAGGCGUCGACAUGUUCUCUAAAGAACAACUGAACGAUAUCUUCAACUUAGCUCAAACAUUCCGUAUUUACGUGCAAAAAGAACGCCCUUUGGAACACAUUCUCAAAGGCAAAAUCAUGGCUUCCGUGUUCUAUGAAGUUAGCACCAGAACUAGCUGUAGUUUUUCUGCUGCUAUGCAACGUCUUGGUGGUAGGGUUAUCCACAUGGACGAAUCCAGUUCUUCGGCGAAGAAAGGCGAGACUUUGGAAGAUUCCAUUACAGUUAUGGCUGGGUAUGCUGAUGUAAUUGUUUUAAGACAUCCAGAACCAGGAUCUGUAGUGAAAGCAUCCCAUUUCUGCAGAAAACCAUUAAUUAACGCUGGUGAUGGUGUCGGUGAACAUCCAAGUCAAGCUUUGUUGGAUAUAUUCACAAUUCGUGAAGAAAUUGGUACAGUUAAUGGAUUAACCAUUACUUUAGUGGGCGACUUGAAAAACGGAAGGACCGUUCACUCCUUAGCCCGCCUUUUGACACUCUACAACGUUCAACUGCGUUACGUCAGCCCGGCAAGUCUCAAAAUGCCCAGCCACAUAAAGAAACUCAUUGCCUCAAAGGGCAUUUCUCAGGAAGAAUACGACACCUUGGAGUCGGUUUUACCGGACACAGACGUUUUGUACAUGACCAGGAUCCAGCGCGAAAGAUUUGACAGUCAAGAGGAAUACGAAAAAGCUUGCGGCCAUUUCAUCGUGACUCCGCAGAUAAUGACGAGGGCUAAAAGGAAGAUGGUGGUUCUCCAUCCUUUGCCGAGGGUGUUCGAGAUCAGUCCCGAAUUUGACAGCGACCCUAGAGCUGCCUACUUUAGACAAGCCGAGUGCGGAAUGUAUGUCCGAAUGGCCUUGCUCGCUAUGGUUUUGGGAAAAUGUUAGGUUUUAUAAUAUGUUUUAAAUAUAUGAUUUAGAGA